ACUGGAGGCGAUUCAUGGAGGGUGUACAUUAGACGAGGCCCAGCAUCCCUUGCGCCCAUGGUAACAGACAAUGAUGAUGGAACAUAUGAGGUCAUGUUCCUUGCGCUGGAGCCUGGGAACUACUCAGCCCAGGUAUUCCUUGACUACACGCUCUGUGAUGGUUUCAGAGACCCACCGGAGGAUUGGUUUAUCAGAGGUAACUUAGUGGUGAAUCAUACAAAAAAUUAGGCAACAAUUGAUUAAUGCCAGGUACAUUUAGCUGCAUGUGCUUGGACCGUUGAAGAUGCGCAGAACGAUGCUCAGAUAGGGAUUACAAAACACUCCGGGUUGAUGAGUUUGCCCUAGCUGCUAGCUUGAAGGUUUAACGAUUUAAAAGGCGUCAAGGUCGAAAAUGGACUAAUCAGUUUUUUUUUUCUGCUAUGACGUCAAAAUUACGUUAUGCCGCAGUUUUUCAAAUGCUGAAUGGCGCUAUCUACUGGACCAAUCACCAUCCAGCGGAUAAGUAUUAGGGAAAAAAUUGCGCUAUCCAGUGGAUAGAGAUUUAUCCACCCGAAAGCGUUGUCCUUUUUUUAACAACUGGGGGCCUGGACUACAGGAAGGCCUUACGGUACGGAAAAACGGGCAACAAAAAACGUGCAACUUGUUUUGCAUCAUUGCUGCAGAACUGGCUGAAUAGCGAUGUUGCGCAUUUUACCACCCGCAUAAAACCUGUUAACAACCUGAUUUGUUGCCAGACAGACAAACACAGUUAUCAUCAAAUUAUGUAUCGUCAUUUAUAAGUCAUUUACUGAAAUACAGCUUAGUAAAGGUAAGGGUUUUCCCAUUUACAUUAUCAGAUUAUAUUCAUUGUUUGGGUUGAGACGCGCCAAAAUAAUGCCAAAAAAAGUAACUCAGUUAUUAUAAUAAAUUCACUUUGUUGUUAUUUUGUAGGUAAUAUUCAUGGCUAUGAGCAAGAGCAUGGUAUCCUUGGAGAUAUCAGUAUCGAUUACAUUAACUCGCCUUUGCAAAGUGGAAAAUCUGUAAAUAUUUAUAUCAAGGAAUCAAACAAAACAAAC